UACAUUUAUUGUGUAUUUGUCUUAUUCUCAUUCUUGUAGGAUUACCACACUCGUCUUAGUGCAUAUUGAUUUUCUCUGAUGUAUAGAAAGGCUCACUCUGCGGUUUCCUCCAGGAUUGUGUGGUAGUGUGUUGAAAUACUCUUUAAAUAUUAAUAUCAUGAGAUGAUGCUGUACUUUGUUGGUUCUGUGCUCUUUUCUGUUUUUCUUUAAUUCGUUUUUUUAUGUUCUUUUUUGUCUAUUAUACGUCGUUUUUCUGUUUGUGUGCGUUUCUAAAAGUUGAAUAAGCACAUUUAUCAUCACCUGUUGAACAAAGUGAAUCAGGAGGAAACCCUGCAGGCGUUAGGACCCCGUGACGUCACAGCUCUAACACAGUUUUAAGUGGAGUCGCCAUACACAAACGAUGCUGCCUUCAGGUGCUGCAGGAAUCAUCAGCUUCACAUUUCAAAAGUGUGGUUUCCUCAAAUUUUGGUCAAUUAUCAAAUAUAUUCAAAGCACGAUGGACUAAAAUGCCCCUACAUCCAUCACUAUUGUGUUUCAUCUAAAUAGUACAAAUUGUUGUUUUCUUUACCUUAGUAUGGCCCCUUUAUACUUAAACACUUUAUAUUUUAACACACUUCAAUAGCCUCCGGGCUAUUAAAAUACUUUAUAUUAACAUCAGGAGCGGCUCCUCUCUACGGAGGCAGCCAUGUUCUUUACAGUAGCUCAGACUGGACAAACUAAACCUUUUGAGCUUUGACGACUGAAGCAACCACAGGUUCUCCGUCAUGUCUGGAAGGGGAGGGGGAGGUGAGGGGUGUUCAGCUGCAACACGACACUUCACCACUAGAUGUCACUAAACUCCCCACACUGAACCUUUAAACAUCAGCGCCACUCUGAUAAAUCCGACGCGAUGAGCAGUCCCUGAACGCGGCAGGAGUCCACCCUGGAGGAAGCUGCAGAUCUUCAUCCUCACACCCGCCGGACGCUGAGCUGAGCCCGGACACUCCUCACGCUGCUGCCCGCUGUCAGACACCCACCCACACCGGGCCGACACGCCGAGCUCCGGGGCCGGGCGGCUGGUCCUCUGCGCCGGGGUUUCCUCUCCAUCAGGACCGUGGGAGACAUGCGACGCCUGGGAGGAGGAGGAGGAGACGCACUGGUCCGGCAGACACCUGAGAGCCGCGUCUGACUUUGUUUCCGUGCCGUCAAACAGAGGUUGAUAUCGUGGUCAUCACUAUGACUGAUGGGGAUUAUGACUACCUGAUAAAACUCCUUGCCCUGGGGGACUCCGGCGUGGGGAAGACCACCUUCCUGUACCGAUACACAGACAACAAGUUCAACCCCAAGUUCAUCACCACAGUCGGCAUCGACUUCAGGGAAAAGAGAGUGGUGUACACGGCGUCCAACCCCAAUGGGACGACCACAGGGAAGACCUUCAAGGUUCACCUCCAGCUAUGGGACACGGCCGGACAGGAGAGGUUCCGCAGCCUGACGACGGCGUUCUUCAGAGACGCCAUGGGCUUCCUGCUGAUGUUCGAUCUCACCAGCCAGCAGAGUUUCCUCAACGUCCGAAACUGGAUGAGUCAGUUACAGGCCAACGCCUACUGUGAGAACCCAGAUAUCGUGCUGGUGGGGAACAAGGCCGACCUGGCCGACCAGCGGGAGGUUCAGGAGAAACAGGCCAAAGAGCUGGCCGACAAAUACGGGAUCCCGUACUUUGAGACGAGCGCAGCCACGGGGGCGGAGGUGGACAAGGCGGUGAUCACGCUGCUGGACCUGGUCAUGAAGAGGAUGGAGCAGUGCGUGGACAAGCCGCCGGUCGAGCCCGCCAACGGCAACGGGGCCACAAAGCUCAGCGAAGCACCGCCCAACGAGAAGAAGUGUGCGUGUUAGGUCAAGAGGCGUUCGAGGAAUCGACCUGUCGGCGCUCGCCCAUCGUCCUCGUCACGUUCCCUCCAUCGUUUACGUUCCUCCGUCAUGGUUGAUUGCAUGUUUCUUUGUCGUCUCUCUAAAACUAACCUUCUUCUUCUUCUUCUUCUUCUGUUCCCCGGUGAACUGUCGCCUCUCUGACCACAAAGCAGUUUAAUCACUGUCACACACAGAAUGUGCCUCGUUUGAAACAAGCAGCUUCACGGUUCACAGGUUUGAACGAUUCAAAUGAGUUCAAACGGUCCUAACUUUAGUUUUUCAGCUUGAAUCUGGUUCAGAGAGAGUUUCCUCUGGUCCGACUGAUUCUUAGUUUUUCCCCUUUUGCACUGUGUUCGAUGCUGUACCCGUAGUUCCCAGAAAUAAGCCCAAGUGUGUCUCUUAGCUUCUGUAGCUAUGUUUAGACAAAAAAUAGCUAAUCCACAACAAACUGUCCAGAUUAUAUUCAGCUGAUAUUCACGUGACACAGAGACAAAGCAGAGUCACGUUUAAAGCCCCCGUAGAGUUUUCAUCUGCGUCUUAUUAGCAAGGUAUUAAGCAGCUAACGUAAUUAGCCACGAACCAGCUAAAGUUCUCACCUUCGUUAGCACUGGCUACGAGCUGCGUGCUAAUAUUAACAAAGGCAGUUGAGAAGGUGUUUGGAGAAGCUAAACCUUUCUUAGUGAAACUUAUGUAACUAAACUUUCAUUAUAAAAGUUUAGCUAACAAAAUUUCAACAUAUAGCUAACAGAAGAUUCUCUUUUAAGAAGUUUAACUAAAAGUUAAAUUAUAAAAGGUAUAGCUAACUACGUUAAAGAUACAAAAGUUUAGUUUUAGAAGUUAACCUAACAAAACUUGAGUAAACACGACGCACACAUCUUUGCUGUUUUUGUUUUGUUCGUAAAGAACUGACGGAUGAUUCUUUAGAAAUAGUAUUUAUUCACGUUUAUACAUGUUGACGCAGCUAAUUCUCCAUCAGACGUCCAUCAUGUGUUGUGGGUGCAGCAUGGUGCAUGUGGAGUUCUGGGAAAAAUCCUGCGUCGUAAGUUAUCGACAGAACUUCACCGGCCAGGAUUCACGUAUUGUUCCAAACAGAUCUACUGCCUCGGCUCUUAAAGCGUUAUUCCUCUUAGGAGCCACAGAAUUCAGCCAUCUUGUUUUCUCUGUGGCUCCAUCGUCACUAUGACUUACGAACAUUUAACUGAAAACAAACCUGCAGCACAGUCUGAACGAUUUCACCUUAUUUCACAGACAGGAAAACAUUUGAGUUAAUUAAAGCUUCACAAGUUGUCAUAUUUCACAUUUAGUUGUUUUUUGUUUUCUUACUCACGUCCAUCGAGAGCAAAUUAUCUCAACUGAAUCCGUCACGUUAGCCCAGAAAUAUAAAAUUUGUUAAGACUUUUUUCGGACUCAACAGUUGAAGUCGUAUUUCGUUGUGCGGCUCCGUCUUGUAUUUGUUUUGUUGUAUAACGAACAAUUUAACAGUUGGUGUGUAGAAACUUCACGAUGCCUGAGCUCAGUGGAAAUCGUUCGUCUUUUAGUCGCUAAAGAGAUGAAAAUUUACCGAAUUUAAUUUGGUUCCGAGAGGAUUUCUUUUGAUUCAAGUGCGACUAGACGCUUUCCCUCAUGUCAAGUGAAACCUUGAUCUGCCUUACUUCAUGAACAAUCUUGAGCCAAGUUGAGUCGCACCGGAAACAACCGAGAUCUUCUGUUCUCAUUGUUGCUUUUCCACCUUUUCGCUCUUUAACUUUAACCAGAAUUUGCCAAACGGCUGAAUGCUAACGUUUACAAUGUUUGGUUAAUUAACGGCACGGUCAUCACCUCAUCGUUACGUAUGUUUAAUCUGUGCCAAACGAAAACGGGCUUCGUUCUGCUUUUCACUCCGAGUAAAAAUCUGCCUUUCGGUUAAACGUGUUUUUCCGUGUGUUGUUAUUUUUUAUUUUAAAGCCAAACAGAGUCAUUUGCCAACAGCUGAUCUCGGUGCCAUAACGACACUAAUGCGUGUCUACGUGUUCAGACAGUGUCUCAGUCUCCACCAGUUAUUUAGCAGCAUUAUUACAAUAAUGUUCUCAGAAACGAUCGUGUCUCUGUAGGUUUGUUGUACAGUUUCAUAAUUUAUGUUAUCAUGAUGUACAGGUUAUGUUUUUUUUCUAUAGUCUAUGCAUUUCUAAACAUUUAACAGAGCACGUUUUGUUUUGUCUCAGUUUUCAUUCACUAAGUAAAUUGAGUUUAUUUAAGACCUGGAACAUUGUGAAAGCUACAAAACAAUUGUUCUAAAAGUUCCACUUUCCUCACCGGUUGAUAACUGUCGGUGGUUCGAUGCCAGGCAGGUAGAGUACAGCCAGUAUCUACAUUCAGAAAACAUCUGCCCCCUGCUGGUGUGAUGAGACAGAACCAGACAGUUUAAAAAAAAAGAUUAGAACCAAGACGAUGAGCUGCAGGAGGGUCAAGCUGCGAGUUCAUUCUGAGUUUAACCUUUAAGAAUACAAACUCCAUCCGUCAUUCAUAGAAACAUACUGAUCAAUUUCAUUAUAAUUAAGUGUCAGUUUCGGAAAUUGUUGAAAAAUCAUCUUUUCUUUGUAAAAUGAAACUUUAAUAAGUUUAAUUUUAAUGAAUCAUUUGCCUUUGAAUGUCAUGUAGCCAAACGUGACAAUUACUUCGGAGGAAUUCAGUAAUUUCAAUGAAUUCAUAUUACAUUAAAGUAAAUAAAACAAGCGUCCGUAAGAAACAUUUAAAAUGAUCAGAUCGAAUAAAGCAACUCGGCACAAACAACUCGAACAUCGACAGAAUCUUUGAAUUUAUGGAAAUGAUCGGUUUUGAUUUUCACCUUUUUAAAAACGUCACAGUUCAAAUUCUCCAAAUGAAAAAAGCUUUUCCAAACCGAUGCCUUUCGAUGGUGACAAUCGUCUGAACCAAGUCUUCAGAUUUUAACCUGAUGCUCUUCUUCUUUAUUUAAAUCACUUUGUUUCUUCUGUAGCAUCGAGCGUCCACGUUUCCCUCGAAGCGUCUCGUUCAUCAACCUCAUUCUGGAAUUCACUUGGAGAGUUUACACAGUUUGAAGAGUCAUGUCGUGCCUGUUAGUAACUGAUCCUCUGUUACGUCUGUGAGCUACUGAAUAUUUUAACGCAUUAUUGAUUAUAGAUUACAAACCAGAGGAGAGCAGAAGUCCGGAUGUUGUUUUUGUGCCCGAUUUAUCAAAACAACUAAUUAAUCCAAGUACUUCUAAGAGCUUUUAUUUUUGAAAAUUCUUUGUGUGUGAAUUCUCUCUGAUGCCUGCGGUUUGUACACGUGUGUUCCGUUGUCGCCGUGCGUAUUGAUGCCUGUGUGUGUUUGUUGGGUUUGUUGCACCGUCAGCAUGUUCGACACCAUGAGAAAGGAAUGACCUGUGAUGUGUUUAGUGUUUCUGAUGUCUGAGCUGCAAAUAAAUCUCUGUGGUUGUUUUUAA